UUGUGUGAGCUUUACAUUUGGCAGUACCUCUCCAACCAACACAAACAUCAAAAUGAAACUGUUCAUCGUCGCUGCUUUAGUCGCUGUAUGCGCCGCUGGUCGUCUCGAACACCUCGAGCGCUCCUACCUACCUCCUGACAGCAGCAAUUCUCUAGGAUUCGCUUCUAGCCGUUCACAAAACGGCUUCGGUUCCAACGGACAGGGUAGCCAAGGUUUCGGCUCUCAUAGUCCCUCUGGCAACUUCGGCUCAAACGGGAAUUCUCAUGGCGCCUUCGGAUCGAACGGUGGUUCCGAUACUGGCUUCGGUUCAAACGGCAAUGGAUUUGAUGCUGCCACAUCGAACCAGUACUUGCCGCCCAAUUAUAGCUCAGCUGGGUCUAACGGCUUUGCUAGAAGCGGAUCAUCUUUAAGAGCUCCUAGCACCCAGUAUGGUACUCCAUCCUUUGGCAAUAACAAUGGAUUUGGAGCACAGGGUGGUUCUCAGUACGCGCAGGGCCGUACUCAGUCCGGUAGUGCCGGCCCCAGCAACCAGUACCUCGCGCCUGCUCGCUCCAACUCCUUCCAGAACCUCCCCCAGCAGGACUUCGACGAGCAGACCGGCUACCAUUACUAAUUAAAUAUACUUUUGUGAACGUUUAGGUAAUGUGACUGGGCUCUCAUGUUAUUUGUAU